UCCAAGCUGUGCUCUCAGCUUUGCAGCACUGUGGUUGUGUCCCUGCAGAGCUCUGGGCUCACUGUGUUGGCUGGGUCACCCUGCCAGGCCCCUUUUCUCUUAUCAGAGGUGAGCAGAGACUGCUUGGAGAGUGGGCCAGGCUGAUUAGCAGUGUGGUGACCUCUCCCUGAGCACCAAGUGUUGGAGCCUUAGGGUCAGCAGUGCAAAAUGAGACAGGAGCUGAGCCAAACCAGUGCAGGCACCUUCAGUGCUGUGCUGUGGGUGUAAACUGACUUCUGUCAUGGACUGCUGCCUCUUGUUCUGUAUGAGCAUGGACCCAGGGCUGUGUGGUCCCCAGCCAUCAAAGGCAUCAUCCUCUUUGUUCCCUUCUUUUCUUUAUGGCAGAGCUUCUUGUGACUGCGUUGUUUCUUUAAGAACUUUGUAUCUAUGAGGAAAAGUGGGGGGAAAAGGGGAGUCCAAGUUAUUUGCAUCUGAAAUCAGAUUUGCUCCUUGGAUUCUAUUAAACAUUUAACCAAAAGCAAAUAGGGAAGCACUGCUGUUGCAUCAAGGCAGCCCAUCACGAGGAAGCUCCCUGCAGUGCACGCCUGCUAUCUGGCUGGCUGUGCAGAGAGCCCAUCUUCUCUCCACAGCACUGUUCACUGUCCCAGGCUGACCUUUGUCCAACUGCUCUCUCUCUGUUCUGUUUUCCUGCCCCUUGAAAUCUUCUCCCUGAUCAAGGUCCAGCGCAGGUACGAGCUGUCUUCCUGCACACAGAGCACGAGCAGAGGAAGUCAAAGACGGUCACACAAGCCAACAUGAAGGUGGAGAUACUUCCAGCGCUCACUGACAACUACAUGUACCUCCUCAUUGAUGAGGAAACGAAGGAGGCUGCAAUAGUGGACCCUGUGCAGCCCCAGAAGGUUUUGGAUGCAGUCAAAAAGCAUGGCGUGAAGCUGACCAGCGUCCUGACCACACACCAUCACUGGGAUCAUGCUGGAGGAAAUGAGAAGCUUGUAAAGCUGGAGACAGGAUUGCAUGUGUAUGGGGGAGACAGCAGAGUUGGAGCAUUGACACAGAAAGUGUCUCACCUUACAUCGCUCAAGGUGGGAUCUCUUAAUGUGAAAUGCCUCUGUACGCCGUGUCACACUUCUGGACACAUCUGUUAUUAUGUGACUAAGCCAAAUAGCUCCGAGCCACCUGCAGUUUUUACAGGUGACACGCUGUUCGUGGCUGGCUGUGGGAAAUUCUUCGAGGGAACCCCUGAGGAAAUGUACAGAGCACUGAUUGAGAUCUUGGGCAGCUUAGAUCCUGAAACGAGAGUUUACUGUGGUCAUGAAUACACUAUCAACAACCUCAAAUUUGCUCGACACGUUGAACCCAACAAUGUCAGCAUCCAGGAAAAGCUUGCUUGGGCCAAGGCCAAAUAUGACAGUGGAGAGCCAACCAUACCCUCCACCAUUGCAGAAGAGUUUACGUACAACCCCUUCAUGCGAGUGAGGGAGAAGACAGUUCAGGAGCACGCUGGGGAGACCGACCCCAUCCGCACCAUGGGGGCCAUCAGGAAAGAGAAGGACAACUUCCGUGUCCCGAAGGACUGAGCACUCUGCCUGUGUCACUUUAUGGUCAUCUAAUAGUAACUUAGACUGUUCAGAUGUUUCAAAAAUCUGUCGUGGUUCAGACAGUCCUAUUUAGGUUUCUAGUUUGUUUUAAUUAAGAAAAAAAAAAAAGCACUUUGCCCUUGUUGAGAUAUUCUACAGCAUAUUUAUAUUAUGAUGAAGAAUAUUUAUCCCUCUGCUGGCUCUCAAGCUGUCACACGUGUCACAUGCAGCUCAUUUUACAGGUGUUGGUACGCAGCUCAGGGCUGGAGUGGGGGUGGCAUGGACCUUGAGACCUAGGAACAAAUCCCUGCUGUUGCUGUGGGCACCUGAUGGCAAUGCAGACUGUGGCACUGGGGCUGUUUGAAGCGACCAUUUAAAACAGGAAUAAAAUGCAGUAACUGCCGACUGAAAUUUAAACUUUCCUUCCAUGCUGCUGCUUAUUCAAAGUGCUGCUUCUGGCUGCGUUAAACCUCUUCCCAGUGGCGUAAAGCUGCAGUAACUUUUCCAUGCAGAGAUUGCACUGUUGCUUCUGCCCUUUCUCUGUUAGCUGAAGCCUGCUUGCGUGCUCCUGAGGGUGAGCUGCACUUUACUUGUAGCCGUACACAGAAAGGAAGGAGGGAUUUGUCUGCUGGGAGGUUCCUGUGGGAGCAGCUGCAGCGUGCUGCUGUGGUUAAUGCUUAACCUGCAGUGCUGUACUGAGCUCAUUACCACCUGCAUUCCACGCUGUGACCCUGGUCUAAAGUGGCAGUGUGUGAGCAGGGUUUGGUGGAGCACCACUUCUUUAUUUGUUUAAAAAAAAAUAAUGAUUUUUAAAUGUAUUUCAGGAAGAAAAAAAAAAAAGGUACUAAAAUGUUACUGACUUCUUAAAUUCUGUGCUGCUACAACUAAGCAUGACUGUACUGGUGGCUGAGGAAAUAAACACAGCUGUGAACAGUG